GUAUACGUCCCAGCAAAAUUGCUGGCAAAUAAGCGCUGCGCCAGCGGAAUGUGGACUCGCCGACCAAAACCUCAGUCCGCCCACUACAACCACACUCAAAUCUCCUUCCACCUCAAAAGUUGAGACGAGUUUCCUUUUCAAGUUAUGAGGUUAGGUCAUAGACGCUUGCGCGUGCAUCCAACCGCCACGAACCCUUUGGAAGCCCCUUCAAACUCUACGCACGCCCGAAGGCUCGCUCGGCGUGCGUCUGAAGCCGCAGAAGCGCAGCACUCUAUAUGGCGACGCCGCUCAGGCAUACCAGGGCCAUGCAGCACAAUGCUGUGGCCAAACCCCGGCGGGCCUUGGACGGGGCUCGCUGCACACCGCCACGGCGGCCCUCGAUGCGGCAGCGGAACAUCGCAGUUUCGGUCAGCGCAACAGCCGCUGCUCGACGCUGCCCCUACGAGGUGCUGGGCCUCAGCCGCACAGCCUCGGCCGACGACGUCAAGUCCGCGUUCCGGCGCAUGGCCAAGGCGAUGCACCCAGACGUGGCGGGCCGGGCCUACCUGCCCGAAGAGUUCCUGGCGCUCAAGGAAGCGUAUGACAUGCUCAGUGACCCCGCAGCACGAGCCACCUACGACCGCACCUGGCAGCUGCAGGAGCAUCACCAGCAAUGGAGUGGCACUGUGCCCGGUGUCAUCCGGCCGGUGGCCAGGUCGGCGUCCGCGGCGCGCUCCGCCUCCGCCUCCCGCGUGUCGAGGUCCACGAGCGCGGCGGCGAGGUCUAUCAGUGCGUCGUCGCGAUCCGCGUCGUCGCGUGUGGUGCGCCGCUCCGCCUCCACCACGACCUCAGCCACUGCCGCGAGCACCGGCAGUGCCGCUGGCGGGUACCGGUCCAUCUUCGACGCCCCUCCCCCCGCCAGCUCGCAACAGCCGCCGCAGUACGGCUUCUACGCCUCCCAGCCCACCCCACAGACCACCAGCGCCUCGGCCGCAGGCCCCGCCUACAUGAACUCUUCGGCGACCACGCCUGGCGGUGCCGCUGCGGCCUCCAACCAGCGGCCCUUUGUGUCCUUCAUGGGUGACGACGCCGCCGCCGCCGCCGCCAGCAGCAGCAGCAGCAGCAGCAGCAGCCGCUCCAGCUCGGCCAACCCAUGGAGCAGCAGCGGCAGCGGCUACGCCACCACGGCGGCCUCGGGAGCGGCCUAUCGCUGGGAGUCAAACAGCGCAGCGGCGCAUGCGGCGGCCGCAUGGUCCCGGCCGGCGGCAGCAGCGGCUGCGGCUGCGGCUGCGGCCCCGGUUGUGACCUCGACUGCUGCAGCCCCGGCGGCGGCCCCGGUCGCGGCCGCCCCGGCUGCUGCCUCAGCUGCUGCCCGGGUGGCAACCCCGGUUGCCACUCCUGCAGCUGCACCAGCGGCGGCCCCGGCUGUCGCGGCGGCCACACCACGUGCCACGCCCCCGACAGCGUCGCCCGCCACGCCGCCUGCGCCUGCCUCCUCCACUGCUGCGGGUCCCACCAGCACCAGCACCACCACCACCACCACCACCACCACCACCACCAGCACCCGCCCGGGAUCCGGAGGCGGCUGGUUCUCCAGGAUCAUGGGCUUCCACGCCGCCUCACCAUCCCCAGCCGCGCAACAGCCCCAGCCUGUGAAGUCUGCGCAGCCGCCGCAGCAGCCGCAGCAGCCGCACAACGCCGCGGUCUCACAGCCGCCCGUGGUGGCGGCCGCGCAGCAGCCGCAGAGCCAAGAGCCGGCGGCGUUCACGGCUGCCGCUUCCUUGCCCCAGCACCCUACCCAGCCGCCGCAGCCGACACCCCAGCCGCAGGCUCCCCACCAGGACUCGUUGACCUACACCUCCGCACCGCCUGGUUCCUCCCACCGCCCCAUGGCAGCAGCAGCAGCAGCAGCAGCAGCAGCCACACCCGUACCCGCUCCUGCUGUUGUGGGGCACGUGGUUCCGGCGCCGGCCAUGUCAGGGGCCGCCGCAACGGCGCCAGGCUGGAAUGGGCCGGCGGCCGCCGCCGCCCCCGCGACCGCGGCGGACGCUGCCGCGGAGGCUGAGGAGGUCAAACGGCAGCUGGUGGAGGCGGAGGCGGUGGUCCUGCGGCUGCGCCUGCGGCUGUCAAAGCUGGAGGCGGCGGCGGGACAGCUGCUGGCGGGCAGCGCAUUCACCAGCAGUGCUGCGCACUGCUAGUGGAGAACCGGCAGGCAUGAUGUAGAAGUUCAGUACUGUUUGUCAGCGCUACCCGUUUGCAAUGCGUGUUGUGUUUGAUGGCUAGUCACAAGCCAUUGCUAUCAGCAGGCGGAAGGGCGGGCUGGUCACGGUGUGCAGAGCUCUCAUGUGUGGGGGCUCGGAGCAAUCAAUUAGUUAUUUCCGCCUGCUCUGGCGACUGGCGGAUGAGAAUGCAUAUGCAGGCCAUCCCGGUACGUACAUAUCAGUGAACACUGUGCUGCAGGCACGCGUUGGACAGCUUAACAACAACAUCACUUGAUUUAGCAUGCAUCACGAUGUUGCUUGAAGUCGAUAGUCUAGCAGGAGGAUAUAUAACGCUGGAUGGCCGUGUAAGUGUCAGCGGCUUAGCGUGACAAUGCGGCGUGCGUAAAUCACUGCACAGGUAUUGCGGUGCAGACACAUUUGAGCUUCAGUUGAAGCCAGGCAACGCCUAUUCUACUGUAUUGCAAGUGGAUCUUGCUGGGGGAAUAACGCAGCAUCAUCUGAAUAAGCACCAGCAUGAUGUACGGCGAUACGAGGUCGGGGCGCCCUGGGGCGCCUAGGUGAUUUGAUGUUUGAUCCAAUGGCAUACGUACACGGUCUGGCUUUACAGCGCCGGCCUGUGCAGGCGUGAGGUACCAUCAAUGGAGAGCAUCGGACAGGGCAGUCUGGCGCGGCGCUUAUGCGCUGGGGGCACACACGUGCCGUCUAGCCCACCCUCACCGCCAGCGCAUUGCCACGGUCCGGCCGACCGGGGGCAUCCGGGCCCCUUGUGUGCUGAGCCACACACACACACUUCUUCCAUGGCAUGGCAGCGACUCAUUGUACGCGGAGCUGCUAGACUUCAGCCUGGGAGGGUCUGCAGCACUGAUGUUCGUUACUUGCGUGUUGCGUUCUUUCAAGCACAUCAAUAACUUGCUUGGCGCGACGCCGCGGGAAGACCUGUUGUGCGCCCUAGCAGGCAAGUGCUUAGUGUGGAGUGGUGGACGCGCCCAGGUUAGUUGUGUUGUGCUGUGAGGCACUCUUGCUUGUGAGGCAUGGGUACCGCGCAGGCUGCACCACGGCGACAGACCGCUCAGCGGCCGCCCAACACCGGUCGGGGGUACACUGUAACAUGGCCAUUGGCAG